AUGACCAGGACCCAGAAGGGAAAGAACUUCCUCUCCCAUCGUUUUCAUCAGUCACUCCCUACACGGCUGGAAUGGGGCAUGAUAUUCUGCUACUCAAAACCGAAAGUCAGUGAGGUAUGUGCCUCCAUCUCCAGUGUGCUUCCAGUUCUCCCCUUCAGCCUGCAGCGCUGUGUACACCUCAAGAGCCAAUAUCUGCAGAAGGCCGCUGCCAACCUUACCUUCUCUCAGGAGGUGGUGUUGCAGCGAGGGCUUUCCAGCAUUCCAUAUAGCCAGUACAGCUUUGACCACCUCUACAACACGGACAACAUCAUCCAGCCUCCCCAAGUCAGGAAAGCUCAACCCGAGAAACCUGUCAGCUUCAAACUCUUGGGUUCCUCAGGUCCCUCAGCAGGGGACACCUCCCACGCUCUGAAAACAGAAUGCUCUGCCAGUCCUGAAAAGAAACUGAAGAAAUCAAAGCCAAAAAGCACAGUCCAGGAAACACCUCAUCAUCUCACUCAUCAUCCCUGCAGUGAUCCAGAUAUACUGGGUCUGACAACUUCUCCAGCUGUGAACCUGGAAGAAAGGGAGACCUGGCUCCCACCUCCUGAGAAGGAGGCCAGAGCCUGGGAGGCCAUUGUGUUGGAAAAGCUGAACAAGCGCACAGCCCGAUGGAUCCAGAACAAGCGUCCUCUAAGGUCUGGAGUUUCCCCCAGCAAGUGGCAGAGCUUCUUGCGCCAGCAAUACGACUGGAGCCACAUCCGGGAUGAGCUCACCUCUGCCAGCGACCUGGAGCUCCUGAAACAGCUGGAGGUGGAAGAGACAGAAGAGUUUGAGGAUCAAAGAGUCAUUCUGCACCCCCAGGGAAAAAAAAAGCCAGAGCUGCUGCUUCCUGCUUACUACAGAUUGUCCAGUUACUUCCCACAAGUACAGACAGCUGAAACUAUUCCUGGUAACAAUAAGAUUGUUGAGGAUAUCAAUGAAAAGAGGAGCAUCCACCAGCCCCAAGACCAGAACUACUUCCGACAAGUGAAUCCUCGAGCUGGAAUGUUUGCUUACUCCACAGACAACACCUUUGAACAGGAGAUUUAUUUUGAUGAAGUCCAGAUCAUCCACCGGAUUGGUGCAAAAAGAGACCAGAUUUUCCUGGGAAACCUCAAUCGGUAUAACAAGCAGUUAUCUAAGGUCUUCCCUGAAACUCCAGAAAAGUGGAGUUCCCAGCCAGUUCCUGAAGCAUCUUGUAGGCCCGUGAAAGGAGCCCGGCGCUGGACUGCUUUGCCCACCUUGGCCAAGGAUCUCCUGCUGCAGGUGGGUGAGGAGGAUGUACCCAUUAAGACCAGGAGAUCAAAGAAGCAAGCAAAAUCACUGGAGGAGGAUGUGACUUGGGAAGUGGUGGCCCUGCGGAGGAUGCUGCAGGAGUGGAAGACUGCCUGGUCUCUAAACAUCGAAUGGCACCAUGAGACAGUGGAGAGUCUGCUGAGGAGCCUGACAGACAUGCAUGACAACAUUCGGAUCCAAGCCAUCAUCACAUGUGCCACAGCUGCUUUGGAAUGGCCCCGGAUUGCCACCAGCCAGAAGGACUCAGACCCAUCUAUCCAGGACCUGCCAGAGGCUCUACAGCCCACCCUGGAGGCUGCUCUUUGUGACAAGAAUGCCAAUGUGCAGAUGGCAGCAGCACUAUGCCAAUAUGCCAUACAGUCACAUAAUCCCCUUGCCCGGGACAUCAUGCAGACUGCCCUUCUGAAGGGUGAUAGUGUGGACAGCUGGGCUGCAGCUCAGUGCUUGGCUCUGGAAGGUGUUGCCACUUACCCCGUGAUUCAGAGGAUCCUUCAUCAACUGUUUAACAAGAAGAAUGAAGAAACUGAAGACCAAUCUUGUAUCCUCCUGAGUCAUCUCAGUGGAAAGACAACCUUGAUACACACCAUGCUUGCUGUGGAGCUGAAUAGCCGUCAGUGGAAGGACCGGAUUGUGGCCUGCCGCGCUUUCUCCCGGAUCAAUGGAAAUGUCUGCUUGGAUAUGAAACAUAAGUUGAUCCAUCUGAUGUGGAAUGACUGGAAUAAGGAAGUAAGGCAAGCAGCUGCCCAAGCACUGGGGCAAAUGAACCUUGGGAAAGAGGUACAUGACACAAUCAGAGUCAAGCUGGGUCAAGGAAAUUCCCAAGAACGUGUGGAAGCCCUCUCCCUGAUAGGUGGACUCAAGCUCAUGACCGCCAAGCUUCUCCCAAGCUUCCUGCAUUGCUUCUCUGAUGACUUUGCAGCAGUUCGGCAGGCAGCCUGUUUGGCAGCCGGUGCCCUACAGAUCCGCAACGAGAUGGUGCUUGAAUGCCUCCUAAAUCUGAUGCAGAGAGAUCCUUACUGGAAAAUCAAGGCCUUUGCCAUUCGAGCUUUGGGACAGAUUGGGCAAGUGAGUCCCCAGCUGACAGAUCUCCUGCUCUGGGCUAUCCAUUAUGAAGAGUCACCAGGUGUACGACUGGAAGCUUGCCGUAGUAUCCUAGCCCUCAAACUUCAAGGGGACCAGGUGAGGGACACCUUCCUAGAUGUGCUGCUCCUGGAGAAGCAUGAUGCUGUUCUAACGGAAAUUUACCAGGCAAUGAAAAUACUCAACUUAGAAAAUGAAGGAAACCAAGAAAUGCUUCAGGAAAUCAAGAACAGGAUUAAAACACUAAGCCAAAAGGACUUGCUGACACAAAAAAUACUCAAGUUCGAGAUGGUCAUGAGAAAAUUGAGGGAGGAAGCAAAACAUGUUUAUUCACAACCCAAAGAGGGGAAAAAGUCAUUGGAAUUCCAGACUUUUCUCCAAGAAACUUUUAAGGAUGAGGUGGUUCUUCCCAAAAGAUGGUCUGAGGUUUAUGACAUUGAAGCAGUCAUAAAGCCUCUGAAGCCACGCACACCAAAUCCCUGGUUACGAAGUCCAGUCCUAGACCUAAACAAACCAAGCAGAGGUUAUUCAUCACUUGUCAAAGAUCUACGCACUGCCCGGGAAAAAAGGAUUCAUAUGGGACCAUUUGGAUCUGACAAUCCACCUCUCUAG